CGCGAAUGACGGAGAAACUUCCGUUUCCGGCCAUCACUAGGCUAUUUCCGCUUCCGGCCACUUGGCGUGUGAGGCACCGUCGGGAGGAUGGACGGGCUGGUGGCUCAGUGCUCCGCGCGGCUGCUGCAGCAGGAAAAGGAGAUUAAGUCUCUGACUGCUGAAAUUGACCGGCUGAAAAACUGUGGUUACUUAGAAGCUUCUCCAAGUUUGGAGCAGUUAAGAGAAGAAAAUUUAAAACUGAAGUAUAGAUUGAAUAUUCUUCGAAAGAGCCUUCAGGCAGAAAGGAAGAGACCAACUAAAAAUAUGAUUAACAUCAACAACCACCUACAAGAAGUGUUUGGCUAUGCCAUUAAGGCUGCAUACCCAGACUUGGACAAUCCUCCUCUGAUCGUAACGCCAAGUCAGCAGCCCAAGUUUGGGGACUAUCAGUGUAAUAGUGCUAUGGGUAUUUCUCAGAUGCUCAAAGCGAAGGAACAGAAAGUUAAUCCUAGAGAAAUUGCCGAAAACAUUACCAAACAUCUGCCGAACAAUGAAUGUAUUGAAAAAGUUGAAAUUGCUGGGCCUGGGUUCAUUAAUGUCCACUUGCGAAGGGAUUUUGUAUCAGAACAGCUGACCAAUCUCCUAGUAAAUGGAGUUCAGCUACCUGCCCUUGGAGAUAAUAAAAAGGUUGUAAUUGAUUUUUCCUCUCCCAACAUAGCUAAAGAGAUGCACGUAGGCCACCUGAGGUCAACCAUCAUAGGAGAGAGUAUGAGCCGCCUGUUUGAAUUUGCAGGAUACGAUGUGCUAAGGUUAAAUCAUGUAGGAGACUGGGGGACCCAGUUUGGCAUGCUCAUCGCUCACCUGCAAGAUAAAUUCCCAGAUUACCUGACAGUUUCACCUCCUAUUGGGGAUCUUCAGGCCUUUUAUAAGGAAUCUAAGAAGAGGUUUGACACUGAGGAAGAAUUUAAGAAGCGAGCAUAUCAGUGUGUUGUUUUGCUCCAGAAUAAAAAUCCAGAUUUUAUAAAAGCUUGGCAGCUCAUCUGUGAUGUCUCCCGUGAAGAGUUUAAUAAAAUCUAUGAUGCUUUGGACAUCACUUUAGUAGAGAGAGGAGAAUCCUUCUACCAAGAUAGAAUGAAAGAUAUUGUCAAGGAAUUUGAAGAUAAAGGAUUUGUGCAAGUUGAUGACGGCAGAAAGAUUGUGUUCGUCCCAGGGUGUUCCAUACCAUUAACCAUCGUGAAAUCAGAUGGGGGCUAUACUUACGACACAUCUGACCUGGCUGCCAUUAAACAAAGACUGUUUGAGGAAAAAGCAGAUAAAAUUAUCUAUGUGGUGGACAAUGGACAAGCUACUCACUUCCAGACAAUAUUCGCUGCUGCUCAGAUGAUUGGUUGGUAUGACCCUAAAGUGACUCGAGUGGUCCACGUUGGAUUUGGUGUGGUGCUUGGAGAAGACAAGAAGAAGUUUAAAACACGUUCAGGUGAAACGGUGCGCCUCACGGACCUUCUGGGAGAAGGACUAAAGCGAUCCAUGGACAAAUUGAAGGAAAAGGAGAGAGACAAGGUCUUAACUGCAGAAGAGUUGAAAGCGGCUCAGACAUCUGUUGCAUAUGGCUGUAUCAAAUACGCCGACCUCUCCCAUAACCGGUUGAAUGACUACGUCUUCUCCUUUGACAAGAUGUUAGAUGACAGAGGAAAUACAGCCGCCUAUCUGUUGUACGCCUUCACUAGAAUCCGGUCCAUUGCACGGCUGGCCAGCAUCAAUGAGGAGAUGCUGCAGAAAGCUGCUCGGGAAACCAAGAUUGUCUUGGACCAUGAGAAGGAAUGGAAACUAGGCCGGUGUAUUUUACGCUUCCCUGAGAUUUUGCAAAAGAUUUUAGAUGACCUACUUCUCCACACUCUCUGUGAUUAUAUUUAUGAAUUGGCAACUACUUUCACAGAGUUCUAUGAUAGCUGCUACUGUGUGGAGAAAGAUCGGCAGACUGGGAAAGUAUUAAAGGUGAACAUGUGGCGUAUGCUACUGUGUGAAGCAGUGGCUGCUGUCAUGGCCAAGGGGUUUGACAUCUUGGGAAUAAAACCUGUCGAAAGGAUGUAAUUUGAACAGUUUUUACCAAAGUGGCAUUUAGCACUGUUUGCUUUUUUUUUUAAUCAUGUGGACACAAAAGUAGUAAAGAAUAUUUCUCAACCAUUUA